AUGAUAUUAAAUAGAUUAUCAAAGGUAUUACCUCUUAAUACUAAUAAUGUUAAUAAUACUUUUUUAAGAUAUUAUUCAACAAAGAGUAAUAGUACUGGUAUCGUUGCAAAGGAAGAAGGUACAGUUGGUACAUUUGAAUAUAGAGUUAAAUUCUUUAAAGACUCUAAACAAAUAUCACCAUGGCAUGAAGUACCUUUGCAUUCAACAAGCUCAAUCUCGUCUCUUUCAUCAUCAUCAUCACCAUUAUUAUUCAACUUUAUCAAUGAAAUGCCAAAGAAUAGUAAUGCAAAGAUGGAAGUUAAUACAAAGGAACAAUACAACCCAAUCAAACAAGAUAUCAAGAAACAACAACUACGAUACAUCAAACAUGGUAAUCUUUUAUUUAAUUAUGGAUGUCUACCACAAACAUGGGAGAAUCCAAAUACCAAUGAUACUCUUACCAAUAUGCCAGGUGACAAUGAUCCAUUGGAUGUCGUAGAGGUUGGAUCUAGUGUUUUGGCUCGAGGUGAAAUCACUCCCGUCAAAGUAUUGGGUGCUUUGGCACUUAUUGAUGAAGGUGAAACUGAUUGGAAAGUAAUUGCAAUCAAUAUAAAUGAUGAAAAUGCUUCAAAAAUUAAUAAUUUAAAUGAAUUGGAAAAGGUAUUACCUGGAACAGUUGAUAAAAUUAGAACUUGGUAUAAAGUUUAUAAAGUGGCAGAAGGUAAAGGUGAGAAUGAAUAUGCUCUCAAUGGACAACCAAUCGAUCAUAAUCAAACCAUUAAAGUCAUUGAAGAAACUCAUCAUGCUUGGAAAUCAUUAAUUAAUGGUAAUACAUUAUUUACUCUUUAA